UGUAGGUAUGCCUCUUUACUUGCAUGAACUGCAACAGCAACAUGCCCUCCGCAAAUCGGCAAAAUGUGGAAAUACCAGGUACCAGCUCUCCACUUAUAGUGCCCCUCAUAAGAGGGGCUAAAUGAUUGGAGCAAUUCCCCUCAUGGAUCAAUUUUUACCUUUGAUACAUAAAAGCUGUGUGACGGUCCUAGACCAGUGAGAAGCGACAGCGACUUGAAUCUCUUACACGGAUAUAAGUUACAUAUACAUACCUACAUACCUACAUACAUAGUACCACCUACCUCUCCAGAAGCAGGUAUCGGCAUUAAUAUUUGAUUGUUCUUUCUUCCUUCUUUCCUUCCUUCCCUCCUCCCCCGCCAUUCAUUGACACUUAUUUAAAUUCCUCGGCUUCUGGUCUUCUAGUCUUCUGUCUUUGCGCCUUGUGUCCCCUGGCUAGCUAAAAAACUUUUUAGCUUCGACUUUAUUGUCGCCGCCGCCGCCAGUUUCUUUGUUGACUCAACGUUUUAUUUUCGUAUUGCGCAGUCGCGCCUUGACCUUCUUCCCUGAAUAAGCCGAAUAAAUCUUUCAUCAUGUCUGCUGUUCGCACUUCCGCCGCCCGGUGCAUCCGGCCCUCUGUCUUUGCCAGGUCGCCGAGGCCGUUUGUGAGAUCGUCACCUAUGACAGUCAUACGAUCAGCAACGCCGGUGGCGCUUUUUCAUCAUACCAGGAACAACAUGGCAGUCCAAAAGAUCAAGGUCAAGAACCCUGUGGUGGAGCUAGACGGCGACGAGAUGACAAGAGUUAUCUGGAAGGUCAUCAAGGACAAAUUCAUCUUCCCUUACCUCAAUGUUGACUUGAAGUAUUACGAUCUGGGAUUACCGUAUCGUGAUGAAACCAACGACCAAGUCACCCUUGAUGCCGCCGAGGCAAUUAAAAAGUACUCAGUUGGUGUCAAAUGCGCCACCAUUACCCCAGAUGAGGCCCGUGUAAAGGAAUUCAACCUUAAGCAGAUGUGGCUCUCUCCCAAUGGCACGAUCCGUAACGCUCUCGGUGGCACUGUUUUCCGUGAGCCUAUCGUCAUUCCCCGUAUCCCACGACUAGUACCAGGAUGGAAGAAGCCUAUCAUUAUUGGCCGUCAUGCCUUCGGCGACCAGUACCGGGCAAAGGAUAAAGUCGUGUCGGGCCCCGGAAAGUUGAGCAUGGUAUUUACCCCUGAGGGCGGCAAGCCUGAGGAGAUCGAGGUGUUCCAGUUCAAGGAGGGUGGCGGUGUCGCACAAACUCAGUACAACACCACCGAAAGCAUAACUGGAUUCGCGCAUGCUAGCUUCAAGCUCGCUCUUGACAAGGGAUUACCCCUUUACAUGAGCACCAAGAACACCAUUCUCAAGAAGUACGACGGCAAAUUCAAGGAUGUCUUCCAAGCACUUUAUGACAAUCAGUACAAGAAGGAAUUCGAGGCCAAGAACAUCUGGUACGAGCACCGUUUAAUCGACGAUAUGGUUGCCCAGAUGAUGAAGAGCUCCGGUGGAUACAUCAUGGCGCUAAAGAACUACGAUGGCGAUGUUCAAUCCGAUAUCGUCGCCCAAGGCUUCGGUUCUCUUGGCCUUAUGACGUCAGUGCUGAUCACCCCUGACGGUAAGACCUUCGAGUCGGAGGCUGCGCACGGCACCGUCACGCGCCACUACCGCGAGCACCAGAAGGGUCACGAGACAUCGACGAACCCAAUCGCCAGUAUAUUUGCCUGGACCCGAGGUCUCGUGCAGCGAGGCAAGAUAGACGAUACCCCGGAGCUGAUCGCGUUCGCCGAGAGCCUCGAGAAGGCCUGCAUCGACACCGUGGACGUGGAUGGCAUCAUGACCAAGGACCUGGCCUUAGCCUGCGGCAAGAACACUCGUGCGGACUACGUCACCACCAACGAAUAUCUAGACGCUGUCGAGAAGAGGCUGAAGAGCACUCUCAAGGAGAAGCUAUGAUGAAUGAGACAUCAAUGCGCCAGGUAUACUGAACCGGACAGGAUAGGUCAACUCAUGGAUUUUCCAGGGAUUUUUGUCGAAAGACUAAACACCAUAGGAAAUUAUUAGGGCCUUA